UAGAAAUUUGUUCCCAAGAAUAGCAACAGUCUAAAUAAAGUCUUCCUUCGUUUAGUCGUCUUGCAGUAAUUGGUUUCUGAUUUAAUACCACAUUUGCCUGUCCUUGUUUGCACUUGCUUUACCAAUGGUUCUAUUUUUAAUGAGUAAGUUGCGAGUAGGUAGUUAUAGUGUUCUGGAGUACAGGUAGUCCGUAUAGAUAUACACUACUGUUCUGGGUGCGCUCUCCUUCUGCAGCAACAUGGGUAUAAUGGGAACACCGCGGUAUUUUCGCGAGUUGUGGUCGGGUGCGCGGGAAAUCAACUACGGCAACACGGUGCUGGUAAAUCGUGCGGACGGCCAGUGGUGGUUGGGGUACGUCCAGGAUGUUAAUGGAGAACACUUCUUCGUCGACUUCGAUGCCAGCACAGUGCAGGCCGAAUGGAUUCACUCCAGCCAUCUAUGGCCGCAUCAUUUCCCGUUUGUUGCUUUUUUGGACCAUUAUGUCGACCGCUGCCUAAAUGUGGCACUGCGGGACAAGUACGGUGGACCGAUGAUUUUCCGUCCCGCCACCGUUAUUAUGGAGUGGGAUGUCCACUUCUUAGCUGUACGCCUGGAUGAGAACAAUCCUGUUAAGAAAGCUAGGAAGUCUAUGGCCUGUCGCUUCGUGCAUCGCGGCCAGUUUGCGGAACGCCUACCCGUGCCCGGUGAUGGGCAGAACUUUUUUGCACGCACUGACGGUUUGACGUUCGUCAAACACGUCAUCGCCUUACCCGCAGCGGGCGCUCUGAACAACGUGGACAGCAUGCCGGCAUUCGUCGGCCCGACAUGCCAGUUCACUCUGGGCCAGGGUGACCGGGAGGACAUGACUGGUGAAUCGCGGUUCGUUAUUUUCGGGAAUUCUACGGAUUUUUACUCCGUUGGGUCGCCUCUUGGGGUGCCAGCUGGAGACAAAGAGGCCGGAUAUGGGGUGUACGUGGGUUGUCGUGUGUUUGUGCGCGUAGGACUGGACACUCUGACUUUUGUUUGUGUGGAAAUCCACAAUGACACAGCCGGGCGCCGAAUGUCCUGGAAUGAGGAUGCCUUGAAGGAAGCCUGCAGCAGGUACCUUCAACACUAUGCAGCGAAUAUCGUCGAAUCAUUUCCAGGAGCGUUGAACGAUGGUCAUUAUGCAGGCUCCUUCGAUGACAAUACCAUUAAUGUGAACGAAAUAUCCAUUAAUGGACUGCCAUCUCCGAUUUUGGAGUGUCUUUUGGGGGAUGUGGAUGCAGAGAGCCAGCAACGCUUCUCCAGAGUCUGCGCGUUGUGGAGGGAGAUUGUGGGAAAAUACACGGACAAGCGGCUGGUCAUCCUGGAUAUGAUGGAGAUGUGGCCGAAGAAGCCGUAUAUUCAGGAAUUUUCCAUUGAAUCCGACUGCCAUAAAUACAAGCUCUUGGCCACGGUGGACCGCGCCAUUAGCCAGGACAUUACAACGCUAGUGAUUAUUGACGACGGCCAGAACAAUUCACCUUUUCGCGAACUGCAGGAAAUAAUGUACGCUGCCAGUACUGUACUGGCUGCCAAGGGAAUUCGUGUGUGCAGAAUCAUAGUAAAGAACGGCUAUGAUGUGGCUGCGUAUCCAAUGCAACCGGUAGUGUUCGUCACAAUCCGGCAAGAAAUGCUCGAAAUGAACCAGGCGACGUGGGACGAGGUGAUGAGCGUGUGUGACGAGCUGGUUUUGAUCAACUACAUGGCUUCGCAAGCGAUCACCGAAUCCGCAAACCAGCUGCUGUACGAAUGCACCGGUGGGGACCGACCGGUCCCGGAGAUGCUGCGGCCUGAGCGCAAACGGUCAUUUGUCGACUUGGGUGUGACCAUUCCGGUUCUCCGGUUUCGCAGCGGCAACUGGACUGUCCAGUUGCUUAUUCACGUUUAUAGCAUCCCUAGCUGCCGGGAGGAAGCUGCUGAAGAAUGCCGCCGCUUCUUAGUCGCCGCCAACGACAGCUGUCCGGCCGUUAGUCAGCAUGUCCUGCAAAAGGUCACCGCACUGCACGCUCGAUGGGUGGAGACGCUGGAAUACCACGAAUGGAACGGUAUUCGCAAGUUUCUGACAUUGCUGAACAGUCUUCGUCCAACCGAUACUCCUCGGCCAUGGGAGACCAUGGAUCUGCGCCAACUGGACGUUUCUACUUUGAACAAUUUGACGUUCGCAGCCCUGCACGGGUGCUACAAAGACGAGGGCGAUGAAGACGAUGAAGAGGACGACACCGAAGACGACGACGAAGAUGACGGCGAAGAUGACUACGAAGAGAACGCCGCAGUCGAGUAGCGUCAGGGUGCCUUCAUUACCGUUCAUUUGUUGUAUUUUAUUUGUUUUCUUGUUGAAGAGGAGUCUGAGGAGAUGGUGUACUGAUCGUGUUCUCUUCUUGCGAACCUUUGUAAACGUUGCACCAGUACUUGCUGGGUUUUUGCAUUUAUUCCGGUCACAGUUUGGUUUCAUAGCCCAUGUGUUGAACUGGUCAUGAACAAUCCUACAUGGGUGUCCUUUAGUUGACUAAAAAUUUCUAAUGAAAUCGGCUUGUAGUAAGCGGGUUGAUUGAGUCGGAACCUUUGACUGCUCUUAGC